GGUGCCAGCAUUUGGCAUCAACAGCCUCCCGCAAUGAGGAGCUCGGUCCAGCGCCAUGGGCUCGGUGGGAGCAGAGCGCUUCAAGGGUGCCAGCCCUGUGGGGACACCUGAGGGCAACGUGGUGAUGAGCUUCAGCUUCGACAGCUACCAGCUGGAGGAGGAAGAGCUGCAGGGGAAAGGGAGCCAGGCCAAGGGCGUCCUCACCUUCAUGGAGCCGGGGGUGGUUGCUGAGGACCCCGAGCCCCAGGACCGCUACCACGGCAUUUACUUCGCCAUGCUGCUGGCCGGCGUGGGGUUUCUCCUGCCCUACAACAGCUUUAUCACCGAUGUGGACUAUCUGCAUCACAAAUACCCAGGGACCUCCAUCGUCUUCGACAUGAGCCUCACCUACAUCCUGGUGGCCUUGGUGGCCGUGCUGCUCAACAACGCGCUGGUGGAGCUGCUGAGCCUGCACACGCGCAUCGCCGUGGGCUACGUCCUGGCCCUGGGGCCCCUGCUCUUCGUCAGCAUCUGCGACGUCUGGCUGGAGCUCUUCUCCCACCGGCAAGCGUACGCCAUCAACCUCAUCGCCGUGGGCGUGGUGGCCUUCGGCUGCACAGUGCAGCAAUCCAGCUUCUACGGCUACACCGGGCUGCUGCCCAAGCGCUACACGCAGGGGGUGAUGACAGGCGAGAGCACCGCUGGCGUCAUCAUCUCCCUCAGCCGGAUCUUCACCAAGCUCCUGCUGUCGGAUGAGAAGGAGAACACGGUCAUCUUCUUCUUCAUUUCCAUCGGCAUGGAGCUGACGUGCUUCAUCCUGCACCUGCUGGUCAAGCGCACCCGCUUCGUCCGCUACUACACCAGCGGCUCCCACAAGGGCCUCCCCGAGGCCAAGGGGAGCAGGGAAUGUGGGACCGGCUACCGCGUUCACCACGACGUCACUGCGGACGACGUGCGAUUUGAGAACAGGACGCGAGGGCAGCCGGUGUCCCCCACGGGCAGCCUGGCCCACGAAGCAGAACUGGCCGGCGGUGGGACCUACAUGCGCUUUGAUGUCCCUCGGCCCAAAAUCAAGAGGAGCUGGCCCAGUUUCAGAGCCAUGCUGCUCCACCGCUACGUGGUCUCCAGGGUUAUCUGGGCCUACAUGCUCUCCAUUGCUAUGACCUACUUCAUCACACUGUGCCUCUUCCCCGGGCUGGAGUCAGAGAUCCACAACUGCACGCUGGGGGAAUGGCUCCCCAUCCUCAUCAUGGCCAUCUUCAACCUUUCGGAUUUCGUUGGCAAGAUCCUGGCUGCCCUACCUUACGACUGGCGAGGGACCCACCUCCUCAUCUACUCCUGCCUCCGCGUGGUCUUCAUCCCCCUCUUCAUCAUGUGCGUGUACCCCAACAGCCAACCCACCUUCGGCCACCCCGCGUGGCCCUGCAUCUUCUCCCUCCUCAUGGGCAUCACCAACGGCUACUUCGGCAGCGUUCCCAUGAUCCUGGCCGCUGGAAAAGUGAGCCCGGAGCAGCGGGAGCUGGCAGGUAACACCAUGACCGUGUCCUACAUGACGGGGCUGACGCUGGGCUCCGCCGUGGCCUACUUCGCCUACAGCCUCACCAGCGCAUCCCACAGCAGCUGCUUCCACACGGAGACCCUCAACGGCUCCUUCACGGCAGGGUACUGAGCCGGGCACCGGAGCGGGAACCACCAUCAUCCCGGCCCAUCCCUACCCCAUGGGGGUGUCCGGACCACCGGGGCUCAGCCGGAGCUGAGAGGGUAGGAGAGAAUGGGGGGCCUGAUGAGGAAGAGGAGGAGCAAGCAGUGCAGGAAAUGCUCCUCCACGCUUUGGACGGGCUGGGCAGGUGGAGCUUGGAGUUGUUUGAUGGUGCUGCAGGUUUCAUUGAAAUCUUAACCCUUCCCCAAUACUCAGCUGCCCAAAGAUAUGUGCAAAAGCCCGAGGUCCCCCCCGUUGGCUGGAAAAAAGUAUUUUCUUUUUAGUUUUUGUCUGUUUUUUUUCUCCUCCGGGUGCGAGCUGCAGGUGGUGGUGCGAGCAAGCCCCGGACAGACCCUCCCUUCCCAAAGGGCUGCUCGGGCCGUGGCCUCCCACGCCCCUCCAAGCUGGAGCCACCAACUGGAGUGUUUCUCCAGCCAGGACCACGGGCUGUUCCCGCACCCACUGGGGACCUCUUUCCUUGGUGCCCUCCUCGAGGGCUGUGGCCUCCAUUUCUGCGGGCACCCUGAGCUGCUCUGAGUGCAAAUGCAUUCUACGGCCAGGCAUGAGCUAGGAUGGAGGAUGAAGUCAGUUCCCUUCCUCAUCCUCUUCAGAAGG